GAGCACCGCCCAUGAAGCGAUACUUAUUGACAAGGCUCUUGCUUCCAUUCAACAGGGGGGGCUUCAUUGCGGCGAUAAAUCAAACACCUGAACAACUAUUAUUUUAACUCAAAAGCCAGUAUCCGCGGGCGCAAAAUCUCGUGAGUAAGCAGUUCCUGCUUUGUUUCUUCUUUUUAAAAUUACUGCUUGUGUCGAAAUGCAAAGCAUAAGAAAUUCCAUCUUGAGCCACAUAAGGCUGAGGGGUUCUGCUGAACAAUUUUUAUUUGCUCAGAGGGGAAAUGUGUUCAAGCAGCUUCACCGGAAGAUGUGUACAUCAGCAGGCACCAGCCCUGAUAAAAUCAUGGAUCGAGUCAUUGGACUGGUUAAGAAGUUUGAUAAAAUUGAUGCCACUAAGGUUACUGAGACAGCUGAUUUCCAAAAAGAUUUGUGCCUGGACAGUUUAGACAGGGUCGAGCUUGUCAUGGCUUUUGAGGAAGAAUUUUCCAUUGAAAUUCCUGAAGAGAAAGCGGAUAGACUUACAUGUUGCGCUGAUGUUGCGAAGUAUAUAGUUUCAGGAGGUGAGCUGAAAAAUGUAAAUCCUGAGUAGUAAUCAAUUUUAGGGUUUCCUAAAGGUGAAACGGUGCUCCAAGACGAUGUGUCUCUUCCUAUGUUUGUUUUUGUGUAUCAAUAACCACAUAUAAAGGUUGCCAAACCUGUAAAAACUGGAGCCUUGUUUCUCUUAGUGAUACUGUACUUUUCCAUGGCAUCAAGGGAAAAUUUCUAAUGGACAAUUUUGUUUAUAUGAUUA